UCAACCAAUAUUCAUUGAUCUUUCUAUUUCUAUCUACUUUUGUGCACUUACAUCCAUAUCAAUUUACUUUUGUAACUUUAAGAAUGGCUUCCCACGAACAGAGCUACAGAGCUGGUGAAACCAAGGGCCGAACUCAGGAGAAGGUUGGUCAAACAAUGGAAAGCAUGAAGGACAAGGCGCAAGCAGCAAAGGACAAGACUUCUGAGACGGCGCAUUCGGCCAAAGGAACGGCUCACGAUAAGACAGGCACCGCCAAAUAUAAGGCAGCAGAUGCAGCUCAGGAAACCGACGAGAAGGCUCGCGGAGCAGUUCAGGCAACCAAGGAAAAGGCCAGUGGAGCAGCUCAGGCAACCAAAGAGAAGGCCAGCGGAGCAGCUAAGGCUACAAAAGAGAAGGCCUCAGAAAUGAUGGAGUCUGCAAAAGAAACUGCACAAGCUGGGCAAGAGAAAACUGGGGGAAUCCUUCAAAAGACUGGAGAACAAGUGAAGAGCAUGGCUCAGGGUGCUGCUGAUGCAGUGAAGCAUACCUUUGGCAUGGCCGAUACUGAUGAAGAUCCUACUGCUACAAAAAGCAGAGAACUUUAGACUUGGAUCUCUUUCUUUCUUGAGGGAUUCCUGUACUCUUUGUGUUUAGCUUGUUUUUUGCUUUGUAGUUUGCUUCCCUGUGAGGAGGUAAAGGUUUAUGUAAUAAUAAAAAGGUUUUAGCUUUUGUAGUCUGAACUGUGACCUCGACAUCAAGCUGCUAAAAAUGUAAUCCAUGUGAUGUGGUCUGUAUAAUCGAUACCGUGGAAUUUCGAGUUAAGACA